AUGAUGCAGACAGGGUUAUUCCGCGCGAGGCAGCGGGUGGCCCAGGUUGGUGCCGUGCGUCAUGCAUCAACGACGACAGCAAGAGCAUCGUCCGCCACGGAGGCAGCAGCGCGACGCACGCAAAUCGCUGUGGUUGGGAGCGGGCCGAGUGGCUGCUACGUUGCGCACCAUCUGACGAAGAAGCGUGACGACAUUCACGUCGACGUGUUCGAGCGGCUGCCAGUGCCGUUCGGCCUGUGCCGCUACGGCGUGGCGCCGGACCACCCGGAGGUGAAGCACGUUGAGCAGCAGUUCCUCGAGAUGUUUAAGAGCGGCCGCGUCACGUGGAUCGGCAACGUGGAGGUGGGCAAGCAGCUGCCGGUCGAGACGCUGCUGGAGAACUACGCGGCGGUGGUGCUCGCGACGGGUGCCGACAGCAGCCGGCGCCUCGGUAUCCCCGGCGAGGAGCUCGGCGGCGUCGUGAGCGCGGCAGACCUGGUGCGCUACUACAACACGUACCCGUUCCCGCACGGGGCGCCGCGCGUCUGCCCAUUCAACAUCGCCGCCGCGCGGGAGGCGGUGGUGAUCGGCAACGGCAACGUGGCGCUGGACUGCGCGCGCGUACUCGCGGCGUCGUACAAGUACUUCAGUCCCACCGACAUGAACUGUGUGGCGGUGCGUGAGCUCAUGCAGAACCGCAUCCGCCGCGUCAGCGUCGUGGCUCGCCGCGGUCACGCGCACAGCGCCUUCACCACUGCGGAGUUCCGAGAGCUGACGCGCUUUCAGCCCGACACGGUGCGGGUCGUUGUUGAUCCGUUCGAUCUGCCGGGGGCGCUGCGCGUGCCGGCCUCCAACCCACGCGCCCGCCGGCGUCUCCUUGAGCUCCUAGCGCGAUACACCGAUGACGCAGGAAGCGGCAGCGGCAAGAGUUUGGAUGGAAGUACCCUCGAGGCGCCGCCGUCGAGACACGAACGCGGCCCUUGCUUGGUGCAGAUGCGCUACAACCUUCGGCCCGUGCGCUUCCUGCCGCACCCCGAGCGCCGCAACCACGUAGGCGCCGUCGUCUUUGAGCGCACCGACGACGUCGAGGGCGGCAGUAAGGAGCAUGGCGAGAAUGCACCGACAGUCACAGUGCCGUGUGACGUGGUCCUCACGUCAGUUGGCUAUCGCUCUGACGCUAUUCCGGGCGUCGCGUUUGACCACGCGCGUGGCGUCAUUCCACAUAGCGGCGGCCGCGUGUCAGAACAGUCGCGGUUGUACUGUGCAGGAUGGGUGAAGAAUGGGCCGAAGGGGGCUAUCGUGCAGUCACUCAUGGACGCGCAGGAAACCGCUGCGGCAAUACUCAGUGAUCUCGACAACAAGAUCCUCCCCACCUGCUCCAUCGGUGGUGAUGCUGGGGAGGGCGGGGAGGAGUUCUUUGGCAAAUACGGGCUGAUUGAUUUCUUCGUGGAUAAGCGACUGGAGCCGGUGUCGGUGGCGGGCCUGGAGCGCAUCUUGCACGUGGAGGCAGAGCGCGGAGUCGACCUCGGUAAGCGGCUCGAGAAGAUCGACAAUGUGCGUGCCAUGCUUGACGUUGCGCUGGGUGGGGCCGUGGGGAAGAAGGCAAACAAUACGAUUCGCGGAAUCACGAACGAGCGGCCCGACGCGCUGCUGUACCUGAAUGAGCUGCUCGACGACACUACCGACUUGGCGCCGUUUGCGCGGCGGCUGGCGAAGGAGCUGCCGCCCGUCAUGGCGGAGCAGCACCCGCCGGGGAACCUGCGUCCCUCGCAGCUGUGA